AUGAGAGAAGCACCGUCGCUGAUCACACUAUGUCUGGACUCAGUAAAAGAUUUGAUCCUCUUUGGUGAUGAAGAUAUAUCUAUUUUGUAUCAACUACUUCCAUCACAAAUCAUCGAUGGCUUGAUACCGCGACUACCCGCUCUUGCGUUGCUCAAGUUUGAAGAUGCAUUACCAUCGAAUUACGAGAGUGAAGAUGGAAAUGGCUCUGGAACUGAUCAGAGAAAGUCUAAAAGAUUGGAGGACUUUGAUACAGCAUGGAUGAAACUAUAUAAGUCAUCCCUCCCUUCGUGGAUUACGAUACCUAAGAACUGCAGCCACUGCCGCGCAGCAUAUAAAUUUGAAAACUGGAGGGAGCAGUACUGGAACUGCCAUAUACAGAUGUGCCUACAGUGGGCAGCAGCAAUAGCUAGUAAUCCUAAUUUUAAGCGCAGUCUUGGUGAAGUCAUGAUUGAAGAUUCUGUUUUGAAAUCCAUGGGCUUUAAGAAAUGUGGAUGUUAUUCAGAAGUUGACUUCUCAACGGUUGCUUAUCACUGUCAGCAUUUUGGUUUAUAUGCAAGGUGUCUUACACUUUCAUCUGUGCUUUUACAGGAAGAAACUAGUGUAAGUGGCAAUACAAAAAGAAAGCUUCGUGCUUCAUUUGUGUUUAUCAAUCUGCUACAUUUACUAAGGGAAAGUAAAUUGGAAGCUUUGGAGAUUCAUGAUGUUAACUCUAAAAAGCAGGUUGAUGGAUUACACAAAAUUUUGAGUCAGAGCGUUAAAACAUUGGUCUCCCUUCGCUUUGAGAAUUGCCAGAUUCCUUCAAAGCUUUUUAGUAAAAUAUGUGAUUCACUACUUGCCGAGGAUCGUCGAACACAUAAAAUUAAACAUUUUAGAGUUAAUUCAUCUAGAUCUUUUGAAGCUGGUUUACCUACUCGUGUGGUGUCUUUCCUAUCAUCAGCAAGGAGUUUGUGUACGGUAGAUUUUUGCGAUAGCAAUUUGUCCAGGGAUUCUGCAAAAAAAGUCUUCAAUGAACUUUCUGAGGCUUCAUCUGAUAUAGCUGUUUUGGACCUUUCAGAAAAUGAUAUUACUGGCUGGCUUCCUUUUUUGAUGUGGAAAAAAUAUUCAACAGAUGAAUUGUGCACAUUGAAGUCACUGCGUGUGCUCAGACUCAGGAGCUGUAAUCUACAACUAAUUGAUGCAGCACGGCUUAAUUAUGAGCUGUUUAAGUUGACAAACCUGAAGACACUGAAUCUAUCUGACAACCCAAUCAAAGAUGAUGGACUUGAAAGGCUAAUGCCAUACUUUUCACGUAUGGCUAAUGAGGAGUCAGCCUCCCUGGUGAAUUUGAAUUUAGAAGAAUGCCAGCUUACAGGUGAAGGAGUAAUAAGCCUGUUGCGAGUUCUUUCAUCCAGUAAAAAGCCGUUAAAUUCUCUCCGCAUCGGAGAGAAUAAUCUUGGAAGUGUAGUGGGGGAACAUUUGGGAAAAUAUAUAUGCACAGGUGUUAGAGAACUUCAUUUCAACAAUAUUGGGAUCAAAUCAUCGGGUUUUUUGGAAGCCCGAGAGCAAUUAACAGAAGGGGUGAAGCUUGCUUUCAUCAAUAUAAGAGAAAAUGAUGGAGGUAUGGGAGCUGCAGAAUUUAUAUCAAAGCUCCUUUUGUCGGCCCCUGGACUAAUCAAACUCGAUGCGAGUUACAAUGCUUUGCCUGCUGAAGCUACCGCUAUGAUCGGCUCAUCGGUGAAAAGUGCAAAUGGAAAGCUUCGGUAUCUGGACUUGAGUGGAAAUAGUCUGUGUGGUGGAGCUGCUAGUAGAGAGAUGCUUAAAAAAUCUGUCGAAGAUAAACAUAUUGAGAUAUAUUGGCCGGCUUAA